AUGCUCAAAGGAGUUGUUAAUCAAAUGAUGAAGACAAGCUCAUACUUCUUCAAGAGCCCUUCGUUCUUACUUCCUUGGAGUUAUCUGAUGAUGUCCAUAACCAUCAUUGGUAUGCUUCUAUUGAGAUCAUCCAUUCUCAAUGAGUUUGGCACAGAAGUCAUCUAUUUCAAGCUUUUCAUUUUGUCCUUAUCUAUCUUCAGCUUCACUUCAGCUGCAAAAUGCUUCUUGAUAGGUCAUAAUAUUAUCAGCAUCAAUGUUAUACGCAGAGGUUUCUUUGGCGUGUACCAACGACUUUUCAUUCUGAUAAGAGCAAUCUUAUGCACCACAGAAUGGAUUUGGUUUUUGUACGGCCAAGCAUCACAUCCAACAUUGAUGAAGCUUCUCAUCUACGAGCGUCCAUAA